UUAAAAGGGGGGGGGGAAUCACAUUACAUCCUGGAUUUAUCCCUCUGGAUUAAUUCCUCCUCCGGGCGGUGGGGAUGAAGCGUCGGCGGCAGCAGCAACAACAUGGAUCCCCUCUGGAAGCGGCGGCCGGCCCUUUGCAAGCGCGCUUCGGGAUCCUGCGUGAAAAUUGCGCCUGAGGACGCCGACCAGGAAAGGAGCAAGUCUGCGCGCAAAGCUCUCAGCAUCCCUCCUUCGAAAGCGCACCGCUGCUCCUCGCUCCUUUCCGGGAUCUGCCCACUUUCUGCUCCAUCGAAGGCCGACCUGCCUUGACAGCUGGGAUUUUCUGUUUUUCUUCUCCAUCCGCUUUUCUCUCUCGCUCCCUCUUCUUCUGGCAACCUCCUGGAGCCUCAGAGAUCCAGAUUUGGGGAGCUGUUUGGUUUGCAAGCCCCGAUCUGCUUUAUCUUGCCUGCUCCGGGGCCACAUAUUUUUCCCCCUCUUCUUCCCAUUUCCUCCACGCCAGUUUUUUGUUUGUUUCGUUUGCCUUCUGGCGAAAAAAUAAAUAAAAUCGGGAUGUUCUUGCACGCCAGUUUCUCUGUUGCUCCGGAUUGCUCGCGAGGAGGUGUUUGUGGCCUAGCAAGCAGAUGAAAGGGGUUUGGCCCUGGUCAGUUUCCACUCUUGGUUUUUAAAAGGAUCCUGUUUUUUAUACAUAGAGAAAUAUUUAUACAAAGGAGAACGAAGAUUGCAUAUUGUGUGUGUUUUUUGGGUCCCUCCCCUUUAUUCCUAUUUUAAAAUAGCGGACAAAAGUUUGGAAAGGAGAAGCUCUGAUUUCUGGCCUCGUUCUCGCCCCUCCAGCUUUCCUUUCUUCCCUGGGUAGACAACGCCAUGUCUGCUAAAGAUAAUCCCUGCAGGAAAUUUCAAGCUAACAUUUUUAACAAGAGCAAAUGCCAGAAUUGUUUUAAGCCUCGCGAGUCGCACUUGCUCAACGAUGAAGAUUUGAACCAGGCCAAACCCAUUUAUGGCGGAUGGCUAUUGCUGGCGCCGGAAGGCACUGAUUUUGACAAUCCCGUGCACCGCUCUCGGAAAUGGCAGCGCCGGUUCUUCAUCCUCUACGAGCACGGCCUACUACGUUACGCCCUGGAUGAGAUGCCAACCACUCUGCCCCAGGGCACCAUCAACAUGAACCAGUGUACGGAUGUCGUGGACGGGGAAAGCCGGACCGGGCAGAAGUUCUCCCUCUGCAUAUUGACGCCUGAGAAGGAACACUUCAUCCGAGCCGAGAACAAGGAGAUCAUCAGCGGGUGGCUGGAGAUGCUGGUUGUCUACCCAAGGACGAACAAGCAGAACCAGAAAAAGAAGAGGAAAGUGGAGCCCCCGACUCCACAGGAACCCGGCCCAGCAAAGAUGGCUGUGACCAGCAGCAACAUCCCUGGUGCAGAGAAGGUCCCGACCACAAAGUCCACCCUUUGGCAGGAAGAAAUGAGGAGCAAAGACCAGCCAGAUGGCAACGGGGGACUCAGCCCAGCCCCAAGCCCUGUGCAAGGCCAGGCUCCCCCUGGAUGCUCCUUGAAGGAGCCGACGCUGGACAGCAAGGAAGACGACAGCAGCAUGCACGGCGACCGAAGCGACAGCGGGCGUAAAACCCGGGUGGAGAGUGGCUAUUUCUCCUUGGAGAAGACGAAGCAGGAUGGGAAGCCGGACGAGCAGCAGCUGCCGACCCCGCCAUCCCCUCCCAGCCCCAGCACCCCCAACAACAGGUACAGUGACUCCCAGUCGCCCUCCCCGGAGCAGAGCUGCCCCUUUCCUUCCCCAGGUGCCCCGCCAGGCAGCCGAAUGGUGUACAGCUUCUCCCUCAACUGCCUGGACUUGACGAGUGACUACAUGUCCGGCUGCAAGGACUCGGCAGCGAGAGACGGGGCGAGGGGAGCGGAGAGGCCGGGCCGCCCCGUUUCCUUUAGAGCAAGCCGGCAGUACGCCACCCUGGCCGAUGUCCCCAAGGCUGUCAGGAUUAGUAACCGGGAAGCUUUCCAAGCGGAGAGGAAGAGGCUGGAGCGGCGUUCCCGAGCUCGCAGCCCCGGAAGGGAAGAGGUGGCUCGGCUCUUUGGCAGCGAAAGGAGGCGGUCCCAGGUAAUUGAGAAAUUUGAGGCAUUAGAUAUCGAGAAUGCCGAGCACAUGGAGACCAACGCCCCCUCUGGAACUGCCCUCUCCAGUGAGACCCGGCAGGGCAGGAGCGAGAAGAGGGUUUUCCCCAGGAAACGGGACUUUGCUGCCGAAUCGGCAACCGGCCCCAUCCUGGACGUCUCGACUUCUCCCUUGUCCCCGCACCGCAGAGCCAAAUCGCUGGACAGAAGGUCGACUGAGUCCUCCAUGACGCCUGACCUGCUGAACUUCAAGAAGGGAUGGCUGACCAAGCAGUACGAGGACGGACAGUGGAAGAAACACUGGUUUGUGCUGACAGAUCAGAGCCUGAGAUACUACCGGGAUUCUGUGGCAGAGGAGGCUGCUGAUUUGGAUGGGGAAAUCGAUUUGUCAACAUGUUUUGAUGUCACGGAAUACCCCGUCCAGCGGAACUAUGGCUUCCAAAUCCAUACUAAAGAAGGCGAGUUCACCCUCUCUGCCAUGACCUCGGGGAUCCGCAGGAACUGGAUCCAGACGAUUAUGAAGCACGUUCGCCCCACCACUGCUCCAGAUGUGACCAGCUCUUUGCCCGAGGAGAAAAGCAAAACCAGUUCGUCCUUCGACUCCUGUCCCAAGCUAAGCGAGAAACAGGAUGCCGAGCAAGCAGAAAUAGACCCCGAACACAAGCGCAGCCGCGCCCGGGAGCGCCGGCGUGAAGGCCGCUCCAAAACGUUCGACUGGGCCGAGUUCCGCCCCAUCCAGCAAGCCCUGGCUCAGGAGAGAGCCAGCGUGGUGGAGACUUCCAAAGGCGGCGGCGGCCCUUUCACCAAGGAGCCCGGCUCCACGGAGGCAGACCCUGGGGAGCUGGAGAGGGAGCGUGCGCGGCGGAGGGAGGAGAGGCGCAAGCGGUUUGAGAGCCUGGAUGCCCCCGACGGGGGAGGCCCAGAAGACUUUUCCCGCAUGGAGGUGGACAGGCUCCCGGGGUUGCCCAGCCCUUCGGAGACCAAGCCGCAGAACGUCCACGUGGAGAUCGAGCAGCGGUGGCACCAGGUGGAGACGACCCCUCUGCGCGAGGAGAAGCAGGUCCCCAUAGCCCCUCUACACCUCGCCCAUCCGGAUGACAGCAGCGAGGCUCUCCACAAGCAGCACCUCACCACACUCUUGGAGAAGGAGCUGGAGCAGAGCCAGAAGGCAGCCUCUGAACUCCUGGAGCAGAACCGUGCUCUGCAGGACCAGCUGAAAGUAGCUUUGGGCCGCGAGCAGAGCGCCCGGGAAGGCUACGUCCUGCAGACCGAGGUGGCCACACCCCCAUCGGGGGCCUGGCAGAGGCUCCAUAAAGUCAAUCGAGACCUCCAGAGUGAGCUUGAAGCGCAGUGUCAGCGGCAGGAACUGAUCAACCAGCAGAUCCAGUCGCUUAAGCGUAGCUAUGGGGAGGCCAAGGAUGUGAUCCGGCACCAUGAGGCAGAGAUCCAGAGCCUACAAGCGAGGCUCAGCAAUGCCGCUGCGGAGCUCUCCAUCAAAGAGCAGGCUCUGGCAAAGCUGAAGAGCGACCUGAAGGCCGAGCGGAAGAAAGCUCAGGAGCAGAUGGAAGAGUGGCAGCACAGCGAGGAGGCACUGAGCUCGCAACUGAAAGCCAGCGAGCAGAAGCUCAAGAACGCGGAGGCGCUCCUGCUGGAGAAGACCCAGGAGCUAAGAGAUCUGGAGACGCAGCAAGCUCUGCAGAGGGACUACCAGAAGGAAGUGCAGCGGCUCCAGGAUCGUAUCGCUGGCCUCAGCCAGCAGCUGAGUGCCAGCGAGCAGUCCCAGAUGCUGAUGGAGGAGAAGCUGCAGAGGAAUUACGAGGCUUUGCUGGAGAGCUGUGAGAGGGAGAAGCAGGUCCUCAUCCAGAGCUUGAAAGAAGCGGAGGACAAAGCCAGCGAGUACGAGAACCAGCUUCAGAACAACGAGCAGCAGAUGGAGGUCCUGCAGAAGGAGAAGCUGUCCGUCAAAUUUGAAAGCAGUGAAAUUGUCCACCAGCUGGAAGAGCAGCUCGAAAUGAAAGAAGCCAGCAUCCAAAAGCUCGCCGAACACAUCAAGAGCCUUGAGGAGGAAAGGGAUCAGAUCAAAUGCCGGUUCCAAGAGCUGAUGAACCAGGUUGCCGAGUCUGAUAACGAGGUUGCCAAGCUGCAAGCCAAGCUGCAGCUGGAGGAGAGCAACUACCAUGCCCUGGAGCACUCCUACGAGGUGGUGUCAGGGCAGUUCCAGAACUUGCAGGCGGUGCUGAAGGAAAAGGAGGAGGAGCUAAGAGUGGUGAGGGAAGCCCACUCAAGAAUUGUGGAAAAUAAGGACCAGGAGCUUGCGGAACCUUUCUUAAAAAUAGCUGCCGUAAGUAGCAGUCCAGAAAACGUGGAAGAUCAGCAGACGCAAGACGAUGAGUUGAAAACUUCAGCUGGUGAGAGCUUAGCACCGUGUGUUACGAUGGAAACAGGUGGUCAAGUUGUGGAGCCAGCACCACAUUCACAGCUUCAAAGAAGACUUCCAGUCUCAGAAUGCAUGCUCACUGAGGAUCAGGACCCCAAUAUCAGUCACAGGCAGAUCUGUGAGCACCCAGCAGUGAACCCAGAAGAGUGCAGGUCUACCUCUAAGUCUACAGACCUUCAAGAGAGAGAGAUUUGUCAGAAGGACUCUACAAAAUCGGACACAGAAACCCCAGGAGCCAAAAGGCAAAGGAUACGUUUCUCCAACAUCCAGUGCCAAAAAUAUAUCCACCCUGAUGGAUCCGAGAAGAUGUGGACCAGCAGCACUUCAUCAGACACCAGCCAAGACAGGUCGCUUUCGGAGGACAGCAUGUCUUCAGAACCAGCUCCGAGUUACCCAGGCACAGGCGAUUCCGAGACUUACCUUUCUAUCAUCCACGCCCUGGAAACCAAACUUUACAUCACAGAAGAAAAGCUCAAAGAUGUGACCAUGAAACUCGAAAGCCAGCAGGGCCACAAUCAAGACACCCUCAUCACACUUCACCACCAGUGGGCCAGCACAGAAGCCCAGCUGAGGGAGCAGCUUCAGGAGAGCUUGGCUCAAGUCAGCAGGCUGGUCUCACAGCUGGAGGGCGAGAAGCAAGAAAAACACAAGCUGCUCGAGAAUCACAUCCAUGAGCUGGGAAGGUUCCAUGGGAGAAACAACCAAGCCUUGGUGUGCUUAGAGCAAUGCAGAGAACAGCUAAGAACUUUGUCCAGAUGUGACACGGAGCAAGAGAGAGAGGUGCUUUUGGGUGUCCUGUCCAAUACGGAAACUUCUUUAUCGGAUGCAGUCCUCGUGUUGCAACAGGCACUUUCUUCGCCUGGUCAUCUGGCAGAAGAAUCGUCUGCAGCCCAAGCGUUGCAUGCAGAAGGCAGCAGCUUGGGGGAGGAGGAGAAAGCUGCCCUCCAGCAGCAACAAGUGGGGUUUUCUGAACAAGACCAGUUGCGGAUGCUUUCCAGGAGGGUGGCUUUUGAAGCCAGCUUGAUCAACCAGAUAUCAGAGUCUCUGACAGAUGCAACCUCCAAGAUUUCCUUAGCCCUGAGAGAGAUUCAUGGUACGGUGGAUGCUGUCUUACUGGAGCCUUCAAAUAUUUCACAUAUUGCAGUGGCCUUGGCUGACGUCUUAUCUAAAAAGCUAGUGUUGGAAGAUGAGUUUUGGAGCCAGGUAGAGGAGCUAAGGAAGAAUUUGAGUGCCAAGGAAGAAGAUGGGAAGGGAAAGGUGGAGGCGCAGUGUUUAAACAUUCCUCAGUGCCUCAUUCAUUCGGUGGCAGACAGCACACUGAUUAAAGCAGAGCUCAGUUUUGUUGCCCAGAAAAUGAGAGAGACCUUUCAUCAGAGAUUAAAGGCCAUCGAAGAAGACCUCCACAACACCAGAACAGCCCUUCAGCAGCACAAGUGCAUGCUGGAGGAAAUCAUUAAAGCAUACCAGACUCCUGAAUUUGACGGCGUUAUGCAUCAGAUUUCCAAAGCCCUUGAAAUCCAAGAGGGCACUUCAGCUUGGGAUGCCAGCCUUCCUGGCUUCAUGCCAGAAGCCCACACUUUGCAGGAUCUUGGCAGUCAAGCUCUAGCUGCCAUUCAGGGCGAUCUUGCUCAGCAGCUCAAAGACAGAGCAAAUGUCCUGAAAGAAAUAUCUGCUGCUCUCCUGUCUCUGUCCCCUGACGAUGCCCUGAAAGAUUGCCGCAAGCUGCUAAGGAUUUCUUCCAGUCCUCCCUACGAUAUGUGUCUGGGGGAUCUUGAGCGCUACUCGUCUCUGCUUGUUCAAGAUGCAAUUAUCCAGGCCCAGGCCUGUUACGGGGCUUACAGGGCAAGGCUGGAGUACGCCAAGGAGGCACGGCUUUACAAAGAGUCCCUGCACAAUGUGGAUGCUCUGUGUCAGGAACGCAUCAGGGCAGUUGCCACCCUCCGGGAGGAAUAUGAAGAGCUGCUCCGAAAGCAACAGGGCAAGUAUGCCGAGAUGAUUGCUGUGCUUGAAAGGGAGAAUUCGGAGCUCAAGGCCAAAGUGGAGCAGCUUGAUAAUCAGCGGAAACUCCUGGAAGAAGAAGAACAUAAGCAGAGCAAGAAAAUACUGGAGCUUCAGGGCACGUACGAAGAGGAGAUCCGGAACGUGGUUGAGCAGCUCCACAAGACCGAGGAUGCUCUGAAAUCAGAACAGACUGAAGGGCUACACCGACUAGAUUCCCUUGCGCGGGAAAAGCAGAACUUGGAGACUUUCCACCUCGAGCAGAUCCAAACUCUAGAGGAGAAGUUUCAAGUCAAGAUGAAGGAACUGCAGGUCUUCCACAGUGAAGAGCUGCUGGCCUUGCAGAAGGGCUACGAGCAAGAGCUGCAGUGCUUGCAAGCAUCUCUGGAGCAGUGCCAGAAGCAGCACUCAGAAGCACUGCCCACUGUGGCAUUGGGUGCGGGAGAAGCAUGGGCUGCUGAUAACCCCGACAGUGGGGUGCAGGGCUCAGAGAGCGAGCUGGACGCCAUGCACGACUUGAGAGAGCGCAUUCAAGAGCUGGAAGCCCAAAUGAACAUCAUGAGAGAUGAGCUGGAGAACAAGCACCUCGAAGGCAAUGCGUCCACUCUGAGGGAGAAAUACCAGAAGGACUUUGAGAAUCUUAAGGCAACUUGCGAACGAGGGUUUGCAGCUAUGGAAGAGACCCAUCAGAAGAAGAUAGAGGACUUGCAGAGGCAGCACCAGCGAGAACUGGAGAAGCUAAGGGAGGAGAAAGACCGCUUGCUAGCUGAGGAGACGGCAGCCACCAUCUCAGCCAUAGAAGCCAUGAAGAACGCCCACCGGGAAGAGCUGGAGCGGGAGCUGGAAAAGACUCACCGCUCGCAGAUCAGCAGCAUCAACUCGGACAUCGAAGCACUCCAGAGGCAAUACUUGGAGGAGCUGCAGUCUGUCCAGCGUGAACUUGAAGUUCUCUCCGAGCAGUAUUCUCAAAAGUGUUUGGAAAACGCUCACUUGGCCCAGGCCCUGGAAGCAGAGAGGCAGGCCCUCCGUCAGUGCCAGCGGGAGAACCAGGAGCUCAAUGCACACAACCAGGAACUGAACAACCGCCUGGCUGCAGAGAUCACACGGUUACGGACCCUGGUGACUGGGGAGGGUGGGAUCGAGAUGGCUGGCUCACCUCUCACCCAAGGCAAGGAUGCCUACGAGUUGGAGGUCUUGCUGCGAGUCAAGGAAUCAGAAAUACAGUACUUGAAGCAGGAGAUCAGCUCCUUGAAGGAUGAACUGCAAACAGCAUUGAGGGACAAGAAAUAUGCCAGUGAUAAGUAUAAGGACAUUUACACGGAGCUCAGCAUUGUGAAGGCCAAGGCGGACUGCGACAUUAGCAGGUUGAAAGAGCAGCUCAAGGCGGCCACUGAAGCCCUUGGCGAGAAGUCUCCAGAGAACACCACUGUGUCUGGAUACGAUAUUAUGAAAUCCAAAAGCAACCCUGAUUUCUUGAAGAAAGACAGGACCAGUGUUGGCCGGCAACUGAGAAAUAUCAGGUCAAAGUCCGUUAUUGAGCAGGUCUCAUGGGAUAACUGAAAUGCACCAGAUUCCAGGUUCCCUGUCACAUAGAGUCUGAAGGAAGGCCUGACCGUGCAAGAGCGCCUCAAGCUCUUUGAAUCCAAGGACUUGAAGAAAGACUAGUUCUCUCCUUCCUAUUUGGCUUGACCACGCACACCUCCUUGCUUGCGGCAUCACAGCACAAGCACCCUUCUGUUUUUUAUUCUCUAGGAUCCUCACUGCUGUUGAUUGUGUGUGGGUUUUUUUCAGUUGUUGUAUGGAUGCUCCAGAAGACUGGAAAAUGCUGGGAGUUCUUCUGCCCACCAUCAAAUGAACUUCCCAACUUCUUAAGUCCCAACUUAUAGUUUUUAACCUUGGCAAGAGAGCUGGGAGAGAUUGGGGAUAUGCUCCCCACCCUCCUUGGCUCUCUACAAAAACAUCCUUCCUACUGUAUAUCCAUUACACUUAAGUGUCAGUAUUAAGGCUCAACAGCCUGUUGAUAAGCUAGCUCUGUUUUACCAAAUUCUUUGGUGUAGUGACAGGGCCCUGGGAUGGGGGGAGGCAACACACUGUGCUUAGCUCUGCCACUGUUGAGAGGAAUCCAGCACUUACGUGCAUGCUUUGCAUCAAAUUUUGAACCACUGAAACAAGACAUGCAGACCUGUUUUUGGCAUAAUCAGUGCCCUUUGUGAAAGCUUGUUUGUUGCAACAAGAUAUUGAAAAAGACAUUUGUGGCAGCCCUGAUUUGUAGCUUGGUGUUUAACUAUGUGGUCAGUUUGGAAUUUAUUCCCUUAGAUCUUCCUGAAAAGCUUUUAAGUUGCUUUGCAUACAAACAGUUGCAGGCAUUGAUGUGCAAUCAGCUUGUGAUGAAAUUAAUCAGUGCAACUUAACUAUUUCUCUUGGAGAAAUAGGGUGGUCUCCUUCCACAUACUCCUUCUGGCAAGGCCAUGCCAGAAUCUGCACCAUUUCUUAAGAGUUUCAGUGGGAUGUAUCUGCCUCUGUGUCUGUCAUACAAUGUGACCCAGACUUUUCUCCCACCUAAUUUGCUGCAAAACAUACAAAACUCUUCUGUCCAGAAGCUCAGGAGUUUUUCUUCAAGAUGCCUUUUAAAGAACAAAUCUUUUGCAACCCUUACUCUGGUCCUCUGGAGGCAGUAAUAGCGCUUCUGCCAUGUAAUUGGUAGGAAUGGUUCAGAAUUCUAAGUAGGCAGGGCUCUUUUACAAAGCAGGAAGGGCUUGGCUUGCUGAUAAGCAAGAAGUAAUUUGGAAUAGUACAGCUGAAGUCAGGCCAGUCCUCCAAGCAGGUCAAGGCAGAAAUGGGGGCUGGCUUGCCUUUGGAUUGACUUAAUAGGUCUCAAAACAGUUGAAGAGGGUCUUCUGUAUGUGGUAGCAUCUGCAUGUGGAAAUACAGUUGCAAGAUGUCAGUGGAGAGAGAAGUCUAAACAGGGGAAUGGCAAGUCACAAGUAUCCUUGCUAAAAGGGGCAUUUGAAAAGUGGCAGUUCAAAUUUUUGAAAACAUCUUAGUACUCAGUGCCAUUGUUUAUCUGAAACAAAGCAGUUGUCUGGGCCCAUUUGUCCUCUUUACAUGUGAGGCCCAAUGACAGAAGCAGUGAAUAUUUGAUCUGUUGGGUUCCAGGGCCAAAAGGCCUUUCCCAAGCAGAAUAAUGUAUAUAGAGAAGCUUUGAACAAUGCAUGCAAUUUUUUAUUCCAAAAGCAGGUGAACAUGGCUGUUUUGAAAAAUGUAUAGGAAGUGUUGGGAAGUUAAUUCUACAAGGUUUGUGGGCAAGGUGGCUUUUGGUAUUUUAAAAGUCUUUUUAUCUGCCUUGCUCAGGUGCGGUGAAAUUGAGGUUGCGUUCUGCUUUUCAGUCUGUUCAGACUAAAAUUGUUGAUCUUUUGAGCAGACAAAUCUGUAAAGCAAAGUUUUGCUGUUAGAGGCUAGGGAGAGCACCCUGUCCCUUUUAGUUUCAUCCUGUUCUUAAUUGGACACAGAUUGAUGCUAUUCUGUGGGCCCUUGCUGCUGAUCCAUGCCGAAGCAAAACAGCUCUUAGCAUCUUUGUUUGUGUUAUAUGCAAAGCAGUGUUCCUUCAAAAGCUGUUGCUAUUUUGGAGCAGGGGGGUCUUAACAACAGAACAUUUACUGUCUUCUUGCUGUGUGUCUGGCAGUUUCUUUUUAAAUCAGGUAUGAAAGGGAUAGGGUUUGGCUGUCUUGCAUUGGUGCCUCUAGCAGUCUGUCCACACCGUCGGACUGCAGAGAGUGGUUAGCACAUAAUGGAAAAGCCAGCAUAUUUUAUUCCCUAGGGUGGCUAAGGAAGGAUGGUUGUGCGUCAGGCCUAGAUUAUUUUCUUUCUCCUUUAAAAUUAUUAACUAGGCUUGUAGCUUGGCAGAAGAAUCUUAUUUUUCCUUAAGUACCUGCAACUUGAGAGAAACCUUGCCAUUGGAAUGAAUUAUCUUUUGCUAAACCACUGCAGAUGGAUUGUUUAUGUUUAAUCCAUACACUUCUUUAAUAAAACAAACGUCCUAUGUUCUCUAAGAUUAGAAUAGCCAGUAUUUCACAAACAUUAAAAUUGGUGUAAAAAAAAAGCAACCAAGCAUCUUUUUGCUCAAGAAAGUCUGUACUGCUGUGACCAAGUUGCUCUUCAUACACAGCAAAGCAAGUUGGCAUUCUAGUUGUAUUUCUUGAAUGGCUCUUAAAAGGCACAGUAUAAACAUUAUGUGAAUAAAUAGGUAUGUUCUAUUGCAAGCUGCUGCAUUUUACACAAACCUACACUACAAAAUAACUGUGGUCUCAAUGAAGUUCAACACUAAUGGAUGUACAGUAUAAAUAUACUUGCAUAACAGCUUCUUUAAUCUUGCCUGUUGCAGAUUUCUUUAUUCGUCUCUGCUUUUGAAACAGAAUUAAGUGUUCUGUUAAUGAAACUCAUUUUCCUUUAUCCCAUGAAAAUAUGGAAAAUGGGGAUUGCUUGUGCCGAUGUGCAGUUCCCAAGCAGGCUGUUUUUCCUGUGGCAGAGGCUGCCUGCAAGUAGCCCUACGCGUUGUUUCUUAAUAAGUGUCACUUUUUGUAAUGACAACAUACUUGAUUAGAAUCCCACUGGAUUUUUUGCAUUUUGGUGACUCAUAUGCAGUACUUAGUUUGUUGUGAACACUUUUAAGCACAUGCACGCUCAGUGUAGCUUAUACUUCCUUUGUAAUUUCUUUCUUUUUUUAAAAAAAAAGCUUUGUUAUUCUCUUUAAAAAUAAUUUAAAACCUGUAUAGUAUUCAAAGCACGCAAUGUAAAUAUUUAUUACUCAAAAAAAAAAAAUAGUGGAGGGGUUUUGGGGGUGAAUUUUUUAAAAUCUUGUUCUAAUACAGUGUCCUUUUGACUUGGAAAAGGAAAUUAGUGUAACCUGAUAAACCCACUCUAUGUUCCCUUAAAGAAUGUCUGUUGGUUUGUUUGAACAUUAUAAAUAUAUUUUUAAAUUUCUCUGAUAACUUUUUAGUUUUGGAAAUGCCUGUCCAAAGAAGAUGUAUAGUGUUUCAAAACUUCAAGCCUACUUACCUAUACAUUAAUUUUCUUACCCUUUUCAGUUCAAUAAUCUUAGAGCUGACAGUGGCAUAAACAACUCUUGGGUGUGCAUAUAUAUGAUUGCAGAGAGUAGUAUAUCUGUAUAUUAAUGGUGGUAGUUAUUCUGUCACUAAGCGUACAUCAGUAUUCUUGCAUGGUAACUUGGUGCUGUUGCGGAGUAAACCAAGGAUUUCAAUAAGGGAAUGGAGUAGAUUUUUAUUCCUGCAACCCACCCAUCAUUUUCAGGUUACAUGGCAUGGUGAUGUAACAGCAUGACAGAAUACAGUUAACGUAGGAUGAUUAUUCAAUUUACUGUAACACUAUAUUUCAUUGCGAUGUAGUUUCAACAGAGUUACAGUGCCAGGGUCAUCUUUACCACUAGACUAUGGAAAGUAGAUGGGAGUCCAUUACUGACUGCAUGCCUUGGAGAACAGUUAUAUGGCACAUUAGAAAAUGUCUUGCUUUUCCAAGCGGUGCUCAGCAGCCUCAUGCCAUGCACUGAAGUCCACUAAGGAGUAAAUGAAACUGGGAGUUGACAGCAGAACCCCUCUAGUGCCAAGUAAAUUAACCCCUCUAGUCAUUGAGGAUUGAUGUAGGGUUCUCAUUUCAGUCUGCCAGUAGAACACAGCUUCUAAUCGUGUAUUAAAACAGUUGUCUCUGAGAGAAAUAGAUGCACUUGAGAAGCUAUCAGCUUAGUGUUCUUGAGUAACAAAAGCCUGCAUUAGUACACUCCUCGAAUGUGGUACGUUUGGACAAAAUGUGUAUGUGACUAAGGUGAGGCAAGCACUGUACACACACAGUUAUCCCUAUUUGAGAUCUUCCUCAUGCCCACUCAACACCAGCUUCCUUUUCAAAGAUACUGAAGUCAUCAGUCUAUAUUAUAAACCUGCUUGAUUGACAAGCAAGCCUACAGAAGCCUCAACUCCUAAUUGACGACGACCAAAUUGUGGUCAUCCAAGCAUCAAGCAUGAGGAGAAUUAUCAAUUACUCCAGCUCUGCAAGAUUCAGAGCCAGAGCAGCCAUGGGAUUCAGCAGGAAAGCUGCUAACCCCCAAAACUGGAACUCACAUGCAAGAUAAACAGAAUCAAAUAAAACCAAUUCAUUGGGGGAACGUAUUCUCUAAUUUGCCUGGUGAACAAACAUGUCCAAUCUGACUUUCCUUUUGCAAAGAUGAAUGGUUUGAGCCGCCUCCUAUGAGUCUGAAAGGUAUCUUUCUCCUUGUUUUGUUUUCAUGCUUUUAAGAGCUGUUUCCUCCUUCAGCUGUUCACUGUAAUAGAAGUAUCAUUUAUGUCACAGUAUUUAUUCCUUACAAACCUUGUGUGACAUGCUAGGGUUCCCAUGGAUGUAGCUGAUGAUUAUUUUGUAAAUAUUAAUUACUUAACUAUACAUAAAACUGUAUCGUAAUAAACUAUUUUUGCACCACC